UUUGAAAAACAUGGCUUCCACUAGCUUUAGUACUAGUUCCAGUAGUUCCGAUAUUUCAUCGGUACCACCUAAAAGACUAAAUAGGCUUUCAAACGAGAAAAGUCCUUAUUUACAACAACAUGCAAAUAAUCCUGUGGAUUGGUAUCCAUGGGGAGAAGAAGCUUUUCAAAAAGCUAAAAAAGAGAACAAAUUGAUCUUCUUGAGUGUUGGUUAUAGUACUUGCCAUUGGUGUCACGUAAUGGCUCACGAAUCAUUCGAAAAUGAGUCUGUUGCAAAAGUUAUGAAUGAGAAUUUUGUUAAUGUUAAAGAAGUUCAACCGGAUGUUGAUAGCAUGUAUAUGCUCUUUGUUCAAUCUACAACUGGAGGAGGAGGAUGGCCCAUGAGUGUAUUUUUGACUCUGUCUUUGGUGGGACAUAUUUUCCACCAACUGAUCAAUUUGGAAGGCAAGCCUGGAUUUACAACUCUAUGUAAACGGUUAGCUGAUAUAUGGAAGGAACAACCUGAUAAAUUAAAACAGUCAGGAGUUGAAACAAUCGAACAACUUCGAAAAUACACUUCUGGUACGGAUUAUGAUGUUUCUGAUUUAAACAUGGGAAUAGCACAGAUGUUGUACCGACAUUUUGUUGACUCGUUUGAUGAUGAGCAAGGAGGUUUCGAUGGAAAAAGUAUGCGUGAACCAAAAUUCCCAACUCCUGUUCAAUUUCACUUUUUACUUCGUCACCAUUAUUAUACUCUUUCUGAUAUUGUCAAAGAUGAUAGAAUUGUCAUAAUGCCAGUUCAAGAAAUUCGUAAUCUUGGUACUACAAAAUUAGGGAUUGAUUUUAAAGAUUGUACGGGAGAAGCUGAAAUUGUGAAGAAAUUUCAAAAUGUAAUAGAAAUCCGUAAACAAGCAGCUGAACGUGAUUUAAAUAUGGUUGAGAUUACUUUAAAGAAAAUUGCGAUGGGUGGUAUUCAUGAUCACAUUGGAAAUGGAUUUCAUCGUUACUCUACUGAUCGAUUUUGGCAUGUUCCUCAUUUCGAGAAAAUGCUUUAUGAUCAAGCUCAAUUAUUAAUGAGUUAUAUUGAAGUUUAUUUGAUUACAAAAGAUGAAUAUUAUGCAGAGAACGCCCGUGAUAUUAUCAAAUAUGUAGAAAGAGAUUUGGGAAAUUCUGAAGGUGGAUUCUUUUCAGCUGAAGAUGCUGAUUCUUAUUCCCACGAAGGGGCUAAAUAUAAACUUGGUGAGGUUUUGUUUCAGGGUGCAUUUUGUGUAUGGGAAGAAUCAGAGAUUAAAGAAAUUUUAAAUGACCAGAAGAAAUCAGAAAUUCUUUGUUGGCAUUUUGGCGUGAAAAAAGAUGGAAAUGUAGAUCCACGUAAAGAUAUUCAGGGAGAAUUGAAAAAAAAGAAUGUCUUAAUUCAACGUUAUACCCUCGAAGAAACGUCUCGUCAUUUUGAAAUCACUUUAAAUGAAUUAAAAGAAAUACUUGAGGAAUCUAAACAAAAAUUGGCAAAAUUUAGAUUCGAAAAUAGACCGAAACCACAUCGCGAUGAUAAAAUUUUAACAUCUUGGAAUGGUUUAAUGAUAUCUGGACUUUCUCAAGCUUAUAACGCGUUACGUGAUGAAAAAAUUCGUGAUUUAGCAGAAAAUGCUGCGAAAUUUAUUAAAUCAAAUCUGUACGAUAAGGAAAAAAAUAUUUUAUUAAGAAGUUUUAAAGAAGGACCUGGAAAUGUCCAAGGAUUUGUUGAUGAUUAUAGUUUCUUAAUUGGAGGAUUAUUGGAUCUUUAUGAAUCCACUUUUAAUGAAUCCUAUCUUACUUGGGCGAUUGAUUUGCAAGAUAAACAAAAUCAAUUAUUUUAUGAUGAAAAAGUUGGAGGAUAUUUUAAUGUUGGUGAAGGUGUUAAAGAUAUUUUGAUUAGAAUGAAAGAUGCCAAUAAACCUGAUUAUAUUCAAAAGGCAGAACAGACAUUGAAAUAUUUUUCUGGUAGAUUAACAAAGACACCGUUCACAAUGCCAGAAUUGGUUUCUGAUUCAACUGUUCAACAAUUUCUUGAUGUGAUUCGAUCAAAGUUUAUUCCCAACAAAGUUGUUUUAUUAGCAAAAUCAAAAGAUGGUGUCUUGAGUGAAAAGAAUGAAAUGGUAAAAAGCCUUUUACAAAGUGAAAUUGGUGGAACUCCAUCAAUUCACAUCUGCGAAAAUUUCACUUGUGGGUUGCCAAUUACUGACAUCCAAGAAUUAGAAAAAAAGCUUGAAUCAUGA